GGACCCGCUGGCUUUGUGGGACCCCUCCGGGGCUGCGGACGCCAACUUGCUUCGCGAGUCCUGGGCGGGACCGGGCAGGUGGCCGCGCCGUGACCUGCCGUCAUGGAUGGAGAAGGACUUUGGGGGCGCGAAACCCCAGCCGUGGGCGCCGGCCCGGGCCGCUGCGCUGGGGAAGGUGGUGCCAGCACCGGCCCCGCGCCCUUGGGGGACUCCGAAUGAGGGAGAUCAAGACACCUUCACGGCGCAGCCAAGGACAUUUCUGUAUAAUCAGUGGAUGAAAGGAUUUUCUCAGACUCGCUUUUUCCCUUUUCCUGAAGGAUUAAUCCACCGCCGCCUGCAAUUCUAGUGGACACCGCCAGACACACGAUGGGGUCGAAGCCUCGAGCGCCUUCGGAAUUGUUCUGGACCCUUCCUUUAGCAUAGGGGGGUGUAACACCUGCGCCCCCCACUCGGGCCAUCCCUCCCCCGCCCCCUGCUAAUCUCUCUUUAACCUAUUCUCGCUUUCUGAGUUAAAUCUGUUUCCAAAUUGUCCUCGGGAGCUAUAAGUGGAUUUCCAGAAAUGAGCCAUUAAGCGCUGGGAGAAGAGGAACCGGGGUUGUGUCUCCUGUCACUGCCGACAUGAAGUGCUUUCUCUGGGUGCUGAGCUGUCUGGCCUUGCUGGGUGCGGUGUCAGCGCAGCGCCAGGUCGCCGUCCAGGAGGGGCCCCUGUACCGCACGGAGGGCUCCCACAUCACCAUCUGGUGCAACGUGAGCGGCUACCAGGGCCCGGCUGAGCAGAACUUCCAGUGGUCCAUCUACCUGCCCUCCUCCCCGGAGCGGGAGGUACAGAUCGUGAGCACCAUGGACUCCUCCUUCCCUUACGCCAUCUACACCCAGCGCGUGCGUGGGGGGAAGAUCUAUGUGGAGAGAGUACAGGGCAACUCGGCCUUGCUGCACAUCACUGACCUGCAGGCCCGGGACGCCGGCGAGUAUGAGUGCCACACCCCCAACACCGACGAGCGGUACUUUGGGAGUUACAGCGCCAAGAUGAACCUAGUGGUGAUCCCCGACUCCCUGCAGACCACCGCUGUGCCCCAGACUCUGCACAAAGUGGAGCAGGACCCGCUGGCGCUCACCUGCGAGGUGGCCGUGGACACCGCCCAGCACAGCCACCUGUCUGUGGCCUGGCUCCGGCAGAAGGGCAGCGAGAAGCCGGUGGAGGUCAUCUCCCUGAGCCGGGACUUCGUGCUCCACUCCAGCAGCGAAUACGCGCAGCGGCAGAGCCUGGGGGAGGUGCGGCUGGAUAAGCUGGGCGCCACCACCUUCCGCCUCACCAUCUUCCACCUGCAGCCCUCCGACCAGGGCGAGUUCUACUGCGAGGCUGCCGAGUGGAUCCAGGACCCGGACGGCUCGUGGUAUGCCAUGACCCAGAAGCGUUCCGAGGGCACCGUGGUCAGCGUCCAGCCCACUGACAAAGAGUUCGCCGUCCGGCUGGAAACGGAGAAGCGGCUGUACACGGUGGGGGAGCCGGCGGAGUUCAGGUGCAUCCUGGAGGCUCAGAACAUCCCCGACCGCUACUUUGCCGUCUCCUGGGCCUUCAACAGCUCGCUCAUUGCCAGCAUGGGGCCCAACGCCGUGCCCGUCCUCAACAGCGAGUUCACCCAUCGGGAGGCCCGGGGCCAGCUCAAAGUGGCCAAAGAGGGCGACGGCGUCUUCGUGCUGAAGAUCUACCACCUCCGCCAGGAAGACAGUGGGAAGUACAAUUGCCGGGUGACCGAGAGGGAGAAGACCGUCACUGGGGAGUUCCUCGACAAGGAGAGCAAGCGCCCCAAGAACAUCCCCAUCAUUGUCCUCCCCAUCACAGAUAACUGGGUAGUUAAAGUCCCCCAGCACCACCAGAUCCUGCCCCAAGGCCACUUGGAGAGCAGCAUCUCCGUGGAGGUGGCCAGCAAUGCCAGCGUCGUCCUUGAGGGCGAGAACCUGCACUUCUCCUGCAGCAUCCGCACAGCGGGCCGGCCCCAGGGCCGCUUCUCUGUCAUCUGGCAGCUGGUGGACAGGCAGAAUCGCCGCAGCAACAUCAUGUGGCUGGACCGGGACGGCACAGUGCAGCCGGGGGCGUCCUACUGGGAGCGCAGCAGCUUCGGGGGCGUACAGAUGGAGCAGGUGCAGCCCAACUCCUUCAGCCUGGGCAUCUUCAACAGCAGGAAGGAGGAUGAGGGCCAGUACGAGUGCCACGUGACCGAGUGGGUACGUGCCGUGGAUGGCGAGUGGCAGAUUGUUGGGGAGCGCCGGGCCAGCACCCCAAUCUCCAUCACGGCUCUCGAAACGGGCUUUGCGGUCACGGCCAUCUCCCGGACGCCGGGUGUGACCUACAGUGACUCCUUCGACCUCCAGUGCAUCCUCAAGCCUCACUACCCAUCCCGGGUCCCCGUGUCGGUGACAUGGCGCUUCCAGCCGGUGGGCACCAUCGAGUUCCACGACCUGGUGACCUUCACCCGGGACGGAGGCGUCCAGUGGGGGGACAGGUCCUCCAGCUUCCGAACCCGGACGGCCAUCGAGAAGGCGGAGUCCAGCAACAACGUCCGCCUGAGCAUCAGCCGAGCCAGUGACACGGAGGCCGGCAAGUACCAGUGCCUGGCGGAGCUGUGGCGCAGGAACUACAACAACACCUGGACGCGGCUGGCCGAGCGCACCUCCAACCUGCUGGAGAUCAGGGUGCUGCAGCCAGUGACAAAGCUGCAGGUGAGCAAAUCCAAGAGGACCCUCACCCUGGUGGAGAACAGGCCCAUCCAGCUGAACUGCUCGGUCAAGUCCCAGACCAGCCAGAACUCCCACUUCGCCGUGCUCUGGUACGUGCACAAGCCCUCGGACGCCGACGGCAAGCUCAUCCUCAAAACCACCCACAACUCCGCCUUCGAGUACGGCACCUACGCCGAGGAGGAGGGCCUGCGAGCCCGGCUGCAGUUCGAGAGGCACGUGUCGGGGGGCCUGUUCAGCCUCACGGUGCAGAGAGCCGAGGUCAGCGACAGCGGCAGCUACUACUGCCACGUGGAGGAGUGGCUGCUGAGUCCCAACUACGCCUGGUACAAGCUGGCCGAGGAGGUUUCGGGGCGCACAGAAGUCACAGUGAAACAGCCAGACAGCCGCCUGAAGCUCAGCCAGGCCCAGGGGAACCUGUCCGUCCUGGAGACCCAGCAGGUGCAGCUGGAGUGUGUGGUGCUGAACCGCACCAGCGCGGCCUCCCAGCUGCUGGUGGAGUGGUUCGUGUGGAAGCCCAACCACCCGGAGCGGGAGACACUGGCCCGCCUGAGCCGGGACGCCACCUUCCACUAUGGGGAGCAGGCGGCCAAGAACAACCUGAAGGGGCGGCUCCACCUGGAGAGCCCCUCUGUGGGGGUGUUCCGGCUCUUCAUCCAGAACGUGGCCGUGCAGGACAGCGGCACCUACAGCUGCCGCGUGGAGGAGUGGCUGCCCAGCCCCAGCGGCGUGUGGUACAAGCGGGCCGAGGACACCGCGGGGCAGAUGGCCGUGGCGGUCACGCGACCAGAUGCGGCCCUGCAGGUGGACACGGUGGUCCCCAACGCCACAGUGUCCGAGAAGGCCGCCUUCCAGCUGGACUGCAGCAUCGUGUCUCGCUCAAGCCAGGACUCCCGCUUCGCUGUGGCCUGGUUUUCCCUGAGGACUAAAGUCAGUGGGAAAAAGGGCAGCCCUGGCCUGGCAGAAAUGGAGGAGCAGGAGGUGAUGGAGGAGGAGGAGCAGGAGCAGGGGGAGGACCCCACGGAGAGGACUGCGCUACUGAGCGUGGGCCCUGACGCCAUCUUCAGCCCAGAGGGAGGCCCCUGGGAAGGCAGACUCCGCUUCCAGAGGCUCUCGCCACUGCUCUACCGGCUCACGGUGCUGCAGGCCAGCCCACAGGACACGGGCAACUACUCCUGCCGCGUGGAGGAGUGGCUGCCCAGCCCUCAGGGAGAUUGGUACCGGCUGACAGAGGAGGAGUCGGCCACCAUCAGCAUCCGCGUCCUGGACACCAGCUCCACCCUGCAGUCCAUCAUCUGCUCCAACGACGCGCUCUUCUACUUUGUCUUCUUCUACCCCUUCCCCAUCUUUGGCAUCCUCAUCAUCACCAUCCUGCUGGUGCGCUUCAAGAGCCGGAACUCCAGCAAGAACUCUGAAGGGAAGAACGGGGUGCCCCUAUUGUGGAUCAAGGAGCCACACCUCAACUACUCCCCGACUUGCCUGGAGCCCCCGGUGCUCAGCAUCCACCCAGGAGCCAUAGACUAAGGGGCCUACAUGGAUGUUGACCUCGGAGGAGCCAAGAGCCUCCUUUGCCGCCUCUGCUCCCUGACUGGACGGUGGCUGCGCCCGCGCUGUGGUGCUCAGAGCAUGUAGACUGGACAGCGGGCGGAGGCGCCGCAGCCACAGAGCCAGGCUGCCUCGGGGCGGUCGUCGGCGGGGGGCUGCUUCCAGGGAGAUGGUGUCAUCUGCAGAGUUAGGGUUUUGGCUUUGGUCUUGGUACUGUCGUGAGUAGCUGCAGGUGCCACAUCUGCUCGCUGGUUUCUCUGGCGUCCUCACAGGAGGCUGCGGGUUCUUAUUCUUUGUAAUGGACUUUCUACAGCCCUUUGGUUAGCCCUUUUUGGAUUCCUCGACAUUGUGGAAGAUCUUCUCUCACACCUGCUGGCAAGAGGAAGGACGAACUGUGUAACACGAAGGAUCUCUUCCAAGACGUUUUGUUUUGACACUUGAAGAUGCCACCCGGGGAUCAAAAUACAUGCAAACAUUUUUUACUUUCUUAGCAAGACUUGGAAACUACGUGUCGCGUGAGCCCGAUUUGUAUCUUCUCUCCUCCCUCAGCUGGAGCUGUUGGAGCCACUUCUUAGUCAACAUGAAGAACUGCGUUUUGCUUCAAAAAGCUGUGAGAGAGAGAAAUCCUGCCUGCUCUCCCCCAGGAGAAGAUGGGCACAGUCAGCCGAUCUGUCAGGGGGCCCCAAAAAGGUGUCACCUCAACUUUGCCAAAAAAGAGAAAACUUUCUUGGAGGAAAAGUCCAAAACGACCAACAGCUCACACUCCCCAAGUGGAGGCAGGCGGAGGCCAAUUUUAGCAGCAACGACUUUCAGAAGCACCAAAGCUUGUUCUGUGCUGCCAGUGCAGCCUCUGCGGCUCUGAGCCCACUGGCUUCUACUUUAAGGUGCUUUGGCCAACUCUGAAGGUUAAGGGGCCACUGGGCUGCAAGGGGGACCCUCCUGAGCUGACCACAGGGGGCCCCCAUAGCUACCCCCAGGCAGACGGUCCUGGCUGCCCUAAGGAGAGCCCCAACUUGCCAACAGCUGCGUUUCUCAGAGGGGCACCAGGGGUGGGGUCUGCAGAGCCUGGUGGUGCAGGGUGGGGCGGAAUAACGGCACCUCCCAGGAGGUAUGAGAAGUGGGGUUGCUCUUCUUCCUUCCAAGCUUAUCUCCAUAAAGAUGCUGACGUCUGUUUUCAUCUCCCCCCCACCCCCCAAUCUCACUGCCACGGAACAUCAGCCGGGACAUCCCAGGCAGCCUCUAGUCCGUCCAGCUUCCCUCCUCCUGGGAAGGCGAGCACAUGUGUUGUCUGCAUCUCACGUCCUUCCCUUUCUCACUGCUCGGGGCUUGAGGUGCUUCUUCAUUGUUAGGAUUUUUUUUUUUUUUUAAAUUUUAAUUCCAUUUGCAGCCCAGCAAGGGUCAGUGUCACCCUCUUAUUUUACAGUAGAUGGUGCUCCCUCGAGCAUUGUCUAUUGUCCUCCACAGAGAUAUGUUUCUGUCCUGGAGUUCCAUGUUUUGUGGCGAAGAGCACCGUCUCCCUUCCUCUGUGAACUUGCAUCUUCAAUCCCCAGGGAGAUGCCAACUUGGAAAGAGCCACCAGGGAUGCUGAAACUUAAUGGACGGAGAGAUGGCUGCAAAACCUCGUUCUGAGACUGAACAGACUUGGGGAGGCUGUGGGAUUGCCCGGGCGGAGGGGAUGCUGCUGGGCCUUAUCGGGGUCUGCAGGUGGAGGGUGCACAGCAGCUACUAAGCCCGUUUCUGGCAGGUGGUGUAACCCUGCUGCUUUUCCAUCCAGGUGACCCAGGGUGCUCUUUGGAGACAUCCUCCACCCACCGCUGCCCCCAUGCUCAUCCCUAUUUAUUACGCUGCAUCGACACUUCUGAGGUGCAGAAUCGUCUCAGUGGCGAGGAAGGAAGGCAUGCUUCACCCCAUUUGGCGGUGGAAAUUGCCUACCCCUAACUUAGAAACUGAGUCAGGGAGGGGCGAUGUCUGACUGUUUUCUGAUUGGAAAGAUGCAGAGGGCUGCCUGGGACGGGAUGCAACUAAGAUUUGGGUUGGAAUGGGUUCACAGCUGUAGAAUAGCAGGUGCUGCAGGUAAUUCAAUAUGUGAAGCAGUUGCAGGAAAUUUGAAAGACAAGAAGAAACCGGAGCCAGUAUUUUAAUAAUUGUUUUUUUUCCUCUGUAUUUUCUAUUGACCUGGGGGAGACCUUCCAAAGGUGAGCCUCUCCAAGCUUUCCAUGAAAAUCCCCAGGACCUGCUUGCUUUGCCCAUGUCUUGGGAACUGUGGUGUCCGAGGAAAGGAUAUGGCGCCCUCCAGUGGCCGCGGGGCCUCGUUGCAUGUUGCCAGCUGGAGCAUCAUGGUCUGGGGCGAAGAGGAAAUCUGCAGCCACUGGCUUGACUUGGGCACAUCUCCGAGGCUGCAUUGAUGAAAAACCACACCGUGCGAGGCCCGUUCCAGGACACGGAGAGGACCGCACCCUCUCUCCCCUGGGGGUUUCUGUAGCAGAUUUUCCUAUUCUUUUCAAACAAUGGUUUCUCUGCAUUGAUGGUUGAAGGGAAAAAAGGUGGGGUCAGAAAGCUACCCGUGCAUGAUGUAGAGAGCUGUUGGUUUGCUUUUGUUGCUUUUUUUUAAGGAACACUCUUUGUAAGAUGUUGCACUAAAAUGUUUUAUAUACAUUUCAGAGACCUGUAGUAAAUUAUGUUGAAAAUAUGGCUGUUUGCAUUCCCUGGCGUCCACUGUCCUUCCUCCCCCAGCCUGAGUGGUGCCUUCGUACACAUGACACAACACACUCCUUCCUCCACACCACGGCCAGCUGCUGAGGGCGUCAUAAAGA